AUGCACACCAGCAUAAUAUGCAGGUACUUCAGUUUGACCCUUCAGCAGUAUAUCUCGAGGAAACAGUUAUCAACGCUUCAUCAAGUAUUUCUUUCACAAGUGGACCAUCGCGCAUCUGGAACAAUCCGUUGUGAAGUCCUAGUUGUCCCAAAAUUCGAACAGGCCACCAUGGAGACCAACUUCACAGUCAUAGCUCAGCCAGACAGAGGGCCGAGCAUCACAGGUCGCCAGGGACCCUACCAGGUAGGAGACCUCCUCCUCCUGAAUUGUUCAUCACCUCCGUCCUUCCCCCCAACGACUCUUUCUUGGGAUAUCGACGGGAGAAAGGCCUCUCAAGAGACAGUGAUUUUAUAUCCAGGUGAGACGGAUAGCUUGGGCCGGGUUUCAUCCUGGUCAGGGCUUCAGAUGUGGCUCAGCCACCACCACUUCUCCAGAGGAAUUCUUGUCCUUCGGUGCACAGCAUCCAUCUUGGAUUAUUACAGCCGGUCUUCGGAGAUAGCCAUCACGAGCGCUGAUUACGUCGAUGUUGUGCCAAGGGAGAGGGCGUCCACGGGAGGAGCAGAGACAUUGUCCGUAGCUCUGUUCUUACUGCUGCUGCUCUUGUUGGCUAAUCUGGCCACGUGAAAGCAGCGGCUGAUGAUCUACUGGAACUGUCCCGUGGACUCCAGCCUCCGGAUUGGCUUUCACCCAGCACUUCUCCGUGGAUACCGUCGUUCCAGUCUCGUUUCGCUCUCGAAUUCAUUUCAGUGUCUAUGAGGAUGAGCAUAUCAAGACCCCCUCUGCGUUGCACUUAUCCUUCGUCUAGACUUCAGUAAGUUCUCUCUGAUGUAACGGUGUUUGAUGUAAGUAAAAUAAAGUGCGGAGACCCGGUGGCAUGAAAACAAAAAGAAAAAUAAAAGGCAGAUACUCGCUUAGUUUUGGACAGGGUCUGAAGUGACGAAGAGUGCCAGUGAUCUGAUUCUCUUCUGUCCGUCCGUGAUUGAAGAGGGACGAGGGAAUGUGGUUAUUUCAAAAUUGAUUCGAAAGAUUCUCUCUAACUGCCAGUUUGGGGGAGAGAAGAGUGGCCGUCAGGAGACGGGUGUUGAACAAUAAAUCAUCUUAGGCCUGACAGAAGCUGCAUACCAAAAUGGAGAUCUUCCUUUACAGAUAACCCGUCUCUAUCUUCCAUUCAGUGGAAAGAGGCAGAACCGGAUGGGCAGAAAUAAACGAAUCAAAAAUAGUCUUAUUUGGAAGAGUAGAUUUCUUUUCUAGUCAAAAGAGAGUGGUAACUGAAGUGUCAGGAAUGAAAGGUAAUUCGGGUACAAGCAAUACCUUUAAACUUAUGAGUACGCAUUGCUUUGUGGAUUUAUUCGCCUUUGAUAUAAGGUCUUUGCAUGGAUGACACAGAUAAUCCAAAUCUUCUCGA